CCUAUAUCUCUUUUUCUUAUUUCUCACCCUUUCUUUAUUCACGCGUAAUGAGUCUCGAUUUCGACGCCAUCAAGUCCAAUAUUAUCCCUCACAAGAUUGAAGGCUUCAAGUACACUUAUGGUACAGCCGGAUUCCGCUCAAAGGCCGAAGUGCUCGACUCGGUAAUGUACAAGGUCGCCAUCUUGGCUACUUUGCGCUCCAAAAAGCUCAAUGGCGCUACCAUUGGUGUCAUGAUCACCGCUUCUCACAAUCCCGAAGAGGACAACGGUGUCAAGUUGGUGGAUCCUCGAGGAGAAAUGCUCGAACAGUCCUGGGAAGGCUAUGCCACCAGUUUGGCCGUGGCCAACGACGGCGAUGCUUUGGUUCAAGUUAUCGAACAAAUUAUUGCAGCCAACAAAAUUGACAUCAACAUCCCUGCUUCCGUCAUUUAUGCUUAUGAUACUAGACCCAGUUGCGCUGAACUUGUAAAGUGUCUCGAAUUGGGCUUGAAGGUUUCGGGAGCCAAAGCGGUGAAUCACGGUCUGCAGACUACCCCUAUCCUUCAUUAUCUUGUUCGAUGCAUCAACACAGCCAACACCAGCGAUGCUUACGGUGAACCUACAGCCGAAGGUUACUAUAAGAAACUGUCAGAGGCAUUCAAGACUGCUGUGAAAGGAAAAGCUCGUCUUUCACCUCUGCAUGUGGAUUGUGCAAACGGCGUCGGUGCACCCAAAUUGCGCGAACUGUUGGAAUACAUGCCAGAGGAUGUAUUGUCGGUCAAAAUUGUUAAUGAGGAUAUCAACACCAAGGGCCAGUUAAAUAAGAACUGUGGUGCCGAUUUUGUUAAAACUCAGCAACGGGCUCCCCCUACUGCAGACAUCCACCCAGGUGAUCGAUGCUGCUCCUUUGAUGGUGAUGCGGAUCGUAUCGUCUACUACUACGCUGACAAAGAUUCUGUUUUCAGACUUUUGGACGGCGAUAAAAUUGCUGGUUUGGCUGCCAUGUUCAUCAUGGAACUCGUCAAGGAUGCUGGCAUCGAUUCCAUCAAGGUCGGCGUGGUCCAAACUGCUUACGCCAACGGCAGCUCCACUCAUUACCUCACCAAGGUUUUGAAUGUGCCCGUGUCCUGUGUUCCUACGGGUGUCAAACAUCUUCAUCACGAAGCCGAAAAGUACGAUAUUGGUGUUUACUUUGAAGCCAAUGGUCACGGUACCGUCUUGUUCAGCCCUACCGCUUUGAAUACCAUCAAGACAUCUGAGGCCAAAACGCCUGCUCAAAACCAGGCUCUCAUGCAACUUCGUGCAUUGACCGAUUUAAUCAACCAAACUGUGGGUGAUGCUAUCUCCGACAUGUUAUUGGUGGAAACUAUUCUGACCAACCGUCAAUGGAGUCUUGAAGAAUGGGAUCAAGCUUACACGGAUCUGCCUAACCGCCUUGUCAAGGUUGUCGUGGCCGAUCGUCACAUUUUCAAAACCACCAAUGCCGAACGUCAAUUGGUUGAACCUGCAGGUCUUCAAGCCGAAAUCGAUGCCAACGUAGCCAAAUACAGCAAUGGUCGUUCAUUUGUUCGUGCUUCCGGUACCGAAGAUGCCGUUCGUGUGUACGCAGAGGCGGCCACUCGCUCGGAAACCGAUGAAUUGGCUUACAAGAUUGCCCAAAUUGUUUACGAUCGUGCUGGAGGUGUUGGCGCUCGCCCCUUGAUGGCUUAAAAAAGUAGCUAGUACCAUUUUGUUCUUCUUCUAAUUCAUCAGCGUGUCUCCAUGCUUCUAUAUCGCCAACUACAUUUAUAUAAAGAAUUCCAUCUUUGUCAUGUCUCAUUAA